AUGUGCUCCCGCCAGGACAAAGACCAGUGCCACCAGCAAGAACAAUCCUCAUGCCACGGCAGUGAAGGAUGCCAUGGGAGCAGUGGUGGAUCCGGUUGCCACAGGAGCAGCGGUGGAUCCGUAUGCCACAGGAGCAGUGGGGGAUCUGGAUGCCAUGGGAGCAGUGGGGGAUCCUGCCAUGGAAAGCCACAGGUUUGCCAGCAGCAAAUUUAUCAAGUAUCCUCAAAAAUGAAGUGAUCAGGAUAUUAUCUGCAUGUUAUACACAUGUAUGUCCAUGAUCUUGUGCUGAGUUCAGAAAGCUUUGCAUGUCUCCUUUCAAUCUUCAAAGAAAAUGUCUCCUCUCCCUCCACUGGUGAGUCCUGUACCUCUGAUGAACUUAUCUGUGGGUGCUAAAAUAAACUGUCUACGU